AUGAAGAUUUUUGCUUCCCUGCUUGCUCUCAUGACAGCCACAGCUGUCGCCGCUCCCGCCAAUGAGAUCAGGCGCCGCGAUCUCGCUGCCGACGAUGCUCCUCAUCAGGACGAUCCGAACUUCAUUAGCGCAGUCAUGCGAGCUCACUGGUACUGGCGCAGAUUGCAUUGUGCACAGGACCUUGUUUGGGAUACUGAGCUUGCCAACGCUGCGCGUGCUGAUAUCUCAGAGUGCCCAAAGGACCCCGAGCAUAAACGCUCCGGCAGUAAUCUCUCGUCCGUGAACCCACCCCCUGAAGGUUACGAUGCUUGGGUCGAGUUCGCUCGCACCGCUACCCACGGCUGGCACGAGGAGGAGACCAAAUACCCCUACGACAACCCACACUUUGAUCCUGCAUGGGGCCACUUCAGUCAGAUGGUCUGGCGUAAUAGCACGCGUCUCGGAUGCGCCCUUGGUCACUGCCCCAGCGACGUCAACUGGCCGGGACGCUUCUACUGCUACUACUCGUUCUUUGGCAAUAAUAUUGCGGCUGGGCAGUUUGAGGCUCAAGUUUGGGCGCCCGUGUGUAAAGAUCCUGACGUUGCUGAGGUCACGAGGCGCGAAGACGUCAAUUUCAACUGGGCUCGCGUUUGA